GGAAUCGGUGUGGGGUAGGUGGUAAAAUAAUUAUAAUUAGUGAACUGUUUUGUUUGUGUCAGCUUAUAAAUACAAACGGUCUCGCAAUACGUAUUAAAUUAAAUUAUAUAAUUGAAAAAUGGCCAACCGCUUACGUUUUCUAAAUCCCAAGAAAACUCUAUUUCUACUAUGUGAUAUUCAGGAGAAAUUUAGACCCGGUAUGCCGCUUUUCGACAAUAUGGUAAAAAAUGCAAAUAAAUUGACACGAGCUGGAAAAGAAUUAGAAGUGCCAUUGAUUGUUACUGAACACUAUCCGGAAAAGCUGGGAAAAAUUGUGCCCGACUUAGAUGUAAGCCAUGCUAAUGCCAUAAUUAGUAAGACGCGUUUUAGCAUGAUUGUACCGGAGUUGCAGUCAAAAGUGAAGGAAAUUUUCGGUGGAAAUCCUAAUGACGUUGUACUUUAUGGUUUGGAGUCACAUAUAUGCGUUGAACAAACUGCUAUUGAUUUACUACAACAAAACAUUAAUGUUUAUGUUGUUGCUGAUUGUUUGUGUUCUCGUUUAAACCAAGAUCGUGAUUUGGCCAUCGAACGUCUUCGUCAAGCUGGUUGUGUUAUUACUACUAGUGAAAGCCUUAUUUUCAAUUUGAUGCAGGAUAAAAACAAUCCUAAAUUCAAUACUGUACGCAAAUUCGUCAAUAAUCCUUCAGUCGAUAUGGAAUUGAGUAAAUCCAACGCUUCUAAAUUGUAAUAAUAUGCUGAAUUGUAUUCCCACAAAGCAUUUAUAUAUAACUGUUAAAAAAUUUUAUGUAAAUUUGUUAUAUAGCAAUAAUAAAUAAU